AUGUCUUCCCGCGGCCGUUGUUUACGCAGAAUCCUCCUGUUCCACUCCUCGCCAAAUGUCUUUUGUUAGAGUUCAUAUGAAAUUUCUGGUCGUUCAAUUUUAGAUCGAUUUCUUUACGGCGUAUUUUGAUUGCAUCGCGACCGGCUCCGGAGCCAUCCGGUCAUAAGACCGUACCAACGCAUUUCUUUGGUUUGAGGUGCGGGACGGCGGGCGCCGAACGGUCGUGUGCCGUAGAUCCAAAGUCGCGGGAAAUCUCUGGUCGAGGAGUCGAUUUGGAUCCGUUUAUCGCUAGUUUGGUCGUCGUUGAUCUGAAAGGUGGAGCUUUGGUCGAUUUUCUCUUCCAGAAGCAUUUGUGUUUCUGAGGUGCUAAGGUGCUAUAUCUGAAGCAGCCGACGAGGAGCUGAGUCUUUGAUUUUUUUUUUACCAAUUUCUGUCGUCGUUUGUUGAUCUGAUCCGAUGGAGGCUAUGACGGGUGGCAAAUUCCUUCAAAAGUUUCGGCUCUACGAAACCAGAUCGAAAUUUUAUCUUAUUGGAAGAGACAAGAGCAGGAUUCACUGGAGGGUGCUAAAAAUUGAUCGGUCGGAGUUCACUGAGUUGGGUGUCGAGGAGGAUCCAACUAUUUACACAGAGAAUGAAUGCCAAGAACUGCUUCGGCGGAUCCAUGAGGGGAACAGGUUGACCGGUGGACUGAAAUUUGUCACAAAAUGUUACGGAAUAGUUGGUUUUGUAAAGUUUCUUGGUCCUUAUUACAUGGUUAUAAUAACCAGGAGAAGGAAAAUUGGCACAAUAUGUGGCCAUGAAAUUUAUUCCGUUGGCAAGAGCGAAAUGAUUGCAAUUCCGAGUGUUACAGUCUGGCCCAACAUGGCUUAUUCUAGGGAUGAAAACAGAUAUAAGCACCUGCUUUGCUCAGUUGAUCUUUCGAAGGAUUUCUUCUUCAGCUACUCUUACAACAUCAUGCACAGCCUUCAGAAGAACAUAACCGAGAAGAACAUUGGGCAGGUUUAUGAAACAAUGUGUGUAUGGAAUGAAUUUAUGACACGAGCAAUUCGGGAUCAUCUCAUGAAUACCUGUUGGACUGUUGCUUUAGUCCAUGGAUUUUUUAAGCAGUCAAGGUUCUCUGUGUCUGGGAAGGAUUUUUGGCUGACGCUUAUAGCUAGGCGCUCACGCCAUUUUGCUGGGACCAGAUUCUUGAAACGUGGUGUUAAUGGAAAGGGCAGGGUAGCCAAUGAUGUUGAGACUGAACAGAUUGUUUUUGAAGACACAUCUGGUGGAAUCCCAACUCAGAUGGCUUCUGUUGUACAACAUAGAGGAUCGAUACCUCUUGUCUGGUUUCAGGAAACUUCAAGACUUAAUAUUAGACCAGAUAUUAUAUUAAAACCUGAUCUGGACUACAAGGCAACCCGCCUUCAUUUUGAGAACCUUGCACUUAGAUAUGGGAAUCCAAUAAUCAUAUUGAACUUAAUAAAGACCCACGAGAAGAAGCCCCGUGAAUCUCUGCUCUGUGCAGAAUUUGCAAAGGCUAUUCAUUACAUUAACAAGAGCCUAUCUGAUGACAAGUGUCUAAAAUUUCUGCACAUGGAUCUGAGUAAUCUUUUUCGAAGGAAAGGCACCAAUGUGCUUGCACUGUUGAGCAAGGUGGCAUCAGAUGUGUUGGAUCUAACUGAAUUCCUCCACUGCGAAAUAAGUACAUCAACAAAAUCUGAUGACAUCUCAAGUGAAGAAAAAACUGUUGCCAAACCACGUGAUGACAGAAGUAGCAGAGAUCAAACUGAAUGUGCAGCUAAGUUGGUACCUCUUUUAUUACAGAAGGGUGUCCUCAGGACAAAUUGUAUAGACUGCUUGGAUCGCACAAAUGUUGCACAAUUUUCAUAUGGUUUAGCUGCUUUAGGGCGUCAACUUCAUGCACUGGGACUUGCUGAAGCACAUAAAAUUGAAUUGCAUGAUCCUCUGGUUGAUGAUCUGAUGGAUUUCUAUGAACGGAUGGGUGAUACAUUAGCUAUUCAGUAUGGUGGCUCUGCUGCUCACAACAAGAUCUUCUGUGAGCAAAGGGGCCAAUGGAAGGCAACAACCCAAUCUCAGGAGUUCCUUCGAACCCUUCAACGCUACUACAAUAACGCCUACACUGAUCACGAGAAGCAGGAUGCUAUAAACAUGUUCUUAGGUCAUUUCCAACCUCAGCAAGGGAAACCUGCAUUGUGGAAGCUGGACUCAGAUCAGCAUUACAACAUUGGGAGGCAAGGAACUUUAAAAGAAGAGAUUGGAAGAUCAUUCAUAAAGAGGUCACUAUCAGAUGGUAACAUACUGUUGGAGAGCAGCUUGCCUGUAACUAUCUGUAACAAUGAAACAGACAACACAGAAUUGCUCCCAGUGCAACAGCUGGAUGAUAUUAGAGAAGCUUCUGAUUCUGCGCCAGAGAUCUCCAUAUGCGAACCUAACCUGUGCUCCAGUAUGAACUAUGGCACAGUGCCUGGAAGACACUCCAUGUCAGAAGAGCGGCAGAGUUAUUUGAAAAGAUUAGGUUACCCUGAAUUGCACUCUUCAAAUUUCUUUGACCUUGAUUUGUUGUCAUCUUCAGGAAAUUCGUUUGACGAGGAAGUUUUUGAGAGGUCAUUACUGAUCAAUUCACCUAUGGAUGUGAUCAGUCCUGAAUCAUCUAUGUCAUACAGUGAACAAGGACACACUGAUGAGGGAAGAGAUGACACGGAUCUUUCCCGUUCUAGCAGCCAGCUCUCAGACAUUCGGGACUACUCUGACCACUUUGCGCAGUGGGUCGUGAAUGGAGACACGCUUUGCUACUAGGCCCUGGACUUUUGUCUUGGUGACAGCUCAGUAGAUGUGACACGGCAGGAAAUGGAAGUCUGACGGAUAGAGCAGAUGAAAUGGCUGACGACUAGCCGGGCUAGGUGCCGUGCAUCUACCUGCAGAGGCGGCGUAGCAGAAGAGGUGGUGGACAUGGGAGAAGUCUCGCAUCGGCAUGCUUGUGGUCACUGGAAGGCUUGAACGAUGAACGCUGAUAUUCGUCGGAUGCAGCUUUCGGUGGGGUACAUGAUUCAAUUUGCUAUGGUGAAAAUUUUGACCGUAGCUUAGACAAUAAAUAGGC